AUUUAACUCUUUAAAUGUGCAUGUUUUUUUAGUUUAAACUCUAUUACUCUUUUGUUAAUUUUAUUUUUGAAUAAUAUUAUUUUGAGUGAGUGUUUAAAUACAAUACAGAUUUAACCAUGGUUUGAGAAUUUAUAGAUUAAAUUUAUCUUCUCUUUAUAUUAAAGUGUAUAGUAUUCAGUUCUUACUAUAAACUGUUUAGUAAGAGUCUGCCAUUUUAUAAUUUUGUUUUCUCAUCUGGUUCAUCUUCAUUUAUACUGUACUAUUUAUUUAAUUAUACGCAAGAUGGAGAGUAAAAAUGAAAAAAGAAAGAGGCCAGUAAAGGAUCGUGUGAUUAAAGAGAUGGAUGUUUAUCUUUGCUCCAACCUGUAUCCUAAAUUACAUGUCUUCAACUUUCCACCUGGAUUUGAUCCUCUAGCCACUGACAAAACUAAUCUUCUCGGUGUUAAAGUAAAACUAGAAAGCAAGAGAUUUAUGAUGAAUGUAAAGAUUGACGAUAAAAGUCGCAAUUUUGAUAAAGAUAAAAGUAAAGAUAUUGCUUAUAUUACAGAGCAAGGUGAUGAACCUUUUUUUUCAAAUAAUUAUAUGGAUAAGCUAAUUCUUAAAUCAAACGAGGCCAAACCUGCUAACUUGCAAUAUGCUGUUGGUGUUUUAAAGCAUGACUCAGACGAGAUACAUUUAACGCCAAUAAACUCUGUGAUACAAUUUACGCCAAGUUUUGAUUAUUUUGAUCAUAAAGAAAAGAAAGAUAGAAAAGAAACUCCAGGAUCGGCUAAAGGAGGAAUCGAUUCGAGUGGUGAAGGAGAGGAAAAGAAAGAAGAACAUGCUAAAAAAGUUCUCCUCAGAUUUGAGAAGCCAGACGAAGAGAAAGCAAAAAAAGCAAGAGAGGCUUCGUUUUCAUUUAUCAAACAAAAAAUUGCCAAUGAACCAUGGACUGAUAUAAAUGUAAGCCUUCGGGAUUCAACAACUGCCAUGAUUGAGAAACAAAAUUUAUUUUUUCACCAAGCAUCAGAUGAAUUUCUUAAUGACUUUAAUGGUCCUGACGUUUUGAUGGCUGGCGAUCAGGAAGCUCAGAGCUCAAAUAUGCAGGAAAAUUCGAUAUCGUGUAUUGAAGAAUUCCUAAAGCCAUUGACAAAUACUUCAAAUUCAAGCACAUCUUGUUUAUCGUCAUUAACCAAGCAGAAGAAUAUAACUUUAAGUAACAAAAUUCAUAGAAUCAUGAUGAGUGCUAAAGUUGUUUCCUUUACUGAUCUUAAAAAUCUGCUAUCUGAUGUAAGUGAUCAGGCUUUAUUGAUUCGAAACAUUCAAAAAUAUGCAGUGACGGUUCAAGGAAAUUGGGUAAUAAAAAGUGAAUUCCUCUACCCACAAGAGAAUGGUGCUUCAACAACCAGUCCCCUCACUGGCAUCCCUAAAGAAUUGCUCUGUCGAGCUAGAGAUUUCAUUUUGUGGUCUUUCUCUCAAGGAAACUCUGUUAGCAGGCCAGAAAUAAUUGAGAAAACAAAGAUACCUCCGGAGGAAAUUCUCAAUAUUCUGAAAGAGACAGCUAGAUUUAGUGGAUCCGACAAACGCUGGUACUUCAUGCUUCCUACAGACAAUGACUUUAUUGAAAAAUAUCCUGAAGUCGUUCAUCGUGAAAAUUUAUUUUGGGAGGCUAGAAUUGUGCAAGUUAGCAAAGCAUACUCAGCGCAAAAAAUUAAACCACGGAAACAUAGAAAAAGUUCUUCAUCGACAUCUUCAAGCUAGUUAUUUUGGUUUGAAUCUUACAUUUAUAAUAAUGUGGAUUUAAUGUUUGUGUAUCAAAAGCUGGAUUAUUUUCAUGCAUUUGUUUAUACUUAUAAGAUAAAUUUAUGUAUAAAUUCCUUUAUUCUUUUCAUUACUUCGACGUCCUGUAUAACAUUAUGCUUCACAUUUUGUCUUCAAAUUGAACUUGUAUACCUUGAAACUUGUCAAAUAUUGACAAAUAUCUUCUAAGGUAAAUGAAUUAAGUGAACUGAUUUCAAUACAAUUAGGUGAAUCGAUAUAUUAAACUGAUUAUUGGGUAAAAGCCGCUAUAAAUCAUUUUUAUUUUGUAUCAAA